CAGGAGUGAGCUGUACAAGGUGCAUUUUUGGAGACUACAAAGCUAUUGUAUUUCUCAUUCCAAUUUCAGCAUUAUCCCUUUAUUGUUUUCUCCCAUUACUUUGAUUUCUCAUCCCUAAAACCAAAUAUAACAAAUUGCUUUAAAGUUUUCAGACUUUGUAUGAAUUCAAUGCAUUUAGACACCUUGAGACAUAACCAAAAUUCAACCCAUUGCCUGCCAUAGACUCUAUAAAUACAUGGGGCUUCAAGCAUUAUCUAUCACAUAUCAUAGACUUGCUCUUUUACUUUCCAUCUCACCUCAAACUGUGUGAGGCCCACAAAAAAAAAAAAAGAAAAAAAAAGAAAAAAAAAUGGCUUUGAAUUUCUUCAAACCAAUUGUGUUUUUCCUAUUGCUUGCAACAGCCACAGCAAGUGAUCCAGACAUUCUCACAGACUUCAUAGUCCCUAAUACUUCAAAUUCCAUCAAUGGGGAUUUCUUCACAUAUACUGGACUGAGAGACAUGUGGAAUUCUCAUUACCCACCAUACUUCACGGUCACAAAAGCUGGUUUGAAGGAAUUCCCUGCUCUCGAUGGCCAAAGUGUCUCCCUCUCUGUGCUCGAGUUUCCAGAGGGUUCUGUCAAUCCACCUCACAUCCAUCCACGCUCUGCUGAGCUUCUUUUCGUCGUGGAUGGAACCCUCGAUGUGGGAUUCAUUGACACAACCAACAAGCUUUACAACCAAACUCUCAAACUUGGUGACAUUUUUGUGUUCCCUACAGGACUUGUGCAUUUUCAGUACAACUCAUAUAAGGUGCCUGCCACUGCAAUAUCUGCCUUUGCUAGUGUAAAUGCUGGAACGGUUUCAAUUCCGAACACAGUGUUUAGUACCGGGAUUGAUGAUAACAUACUUGCCAAGGCUUUUAAAACUGAUGCUGAAACUGUUCAGAAGAUUAAGGCAGGUCUUGGAGCCAAGCCUUAGAUUGGAAGGAGCUGAGUUUAAUCUUCAAUAAAAAAAGAAAAUGUUAUAGUUUAUAGUGUUUUCACUUUAUUUGUUAGAAGAUGAAUUGAUUGUAUUUUCAAUCUGUUUGAAAAAAUAUGCUCAAGAUGAUUCCCUUUUUUUAAUUAUGUAUAAGUAAAAACAGUACUUUAUGAAGCUCAAUUUGGUUCCUAAUAAAAUUAAGAUUCAUUUGACCUCCAAGCACGAGAAAGUAGUUUUUGGAAAAUAUU